CACCAACCGAACUGGCGGGCCCCGCGCGUCAUCCUCCCGCGGCUAGCCCGCCGCCGCGUCGCGGAGGAAGGCUAUACCUCGCUUCGCCGCUAGUCCACCUCGCACCCGCCUCCACGCGCACACACACCUAACCCCAGCUCCUCUCCUCCUCGCCAACCUCCCCGUCCCGUCGAUUCGAUUCGGUCGAAGCGAGCGGGGCGGGCGGAGGAGGCUAGGGAUUCGGAUGGGCGAGGCGCCGAGGAGGUUCUAGAGGCGCUGGUGGUCCGCGGGGACGAGGAGGGGGAGGGGGAGCGGCGGGCGGCGAUGGAGGAGAAGGCGUCGUCGCCGCUGAUCCCGCCGCCGUCGGAGAUCGACCUGGAGGCGGGCGGCGGCGGGGAGCAGCUGCAGUGCCGGAUCUGCCUCGAGACCGACGGGAGGGACUUCAUCGCGCCCUGCAAGUGCAAGGGGACGUCCAAGUACGUGCACCGCGACUGCCUCGAUCACUGGAGGGCGGUAAAGGAGGGAUUUGCAUUUUCCCAUUGUACCACCUGCAAGGCUCCAUAUUACUUGAGGGUUCAUUCCCACACUGACAGGAAAUGGCGAACACUGAAGUUUCGUUUCUUUGUUACUAGAGAUAUAUUAUUCAUCUUUGCUCUAGUCCAGAUUGUCAUCUCUGCAUUGGCAUAUUUGGUACAUUUUAUUGAUGGGUACCAGCAAUAUUGGUUAAGGACAGCCUGGGGUUUUGAUAAUGAAGUUAGUUUUUAUUAUAUAUGUGGUGCAUUAUUGUUUUUUGCUUUGUUGGGACUAUCGGGAUGCUUCAUAACCUGUUAUGACCGAAGAGUACGAAAUGACUUGGCUCAGCCUUGUCGAGAAUUAUGUCUUUGUUGCUGUCAGCCAGGGAUGUGUGCAGAUUGCCAUCUACCUGGCACGCUUUGCAUGUGGACUGACUGCACUACCUGCUUCGAAGGCUGUGCUACUACAGCCGGCGAGUGUGGUGGUUGCUUGGGAGGUGCUGGGGAAGCCGGGCUACCGCUGCUCCUCAUCAUGGGGGUUAUUGUGCUCGGGCUUUUCACUGUCAUCGGCAUAUUCUACAGUGUCCUGGUCGCGACAAUGGUCGGCCAGCGGAUCUGGCAGCGACAUUAUCACAUUCUUGCCAAACGAAUGCUAACUAAGGAGUAUGUCGUAGAGGACGUUGAUGGCGAGCGCACAGACUGGUGUCCCCCGCCACUACCUGCGGAGCACAUCAGCCAGCUGAAGUCCCUGGGGCUUCUAUAAGCUCACGCCAUCACGUCGAUGGCAGGUGAUGACCAUAAGCUAGGAACCGGCGUGGCGUUACCCAGCUGUACAGGAGGCGAUACAAAGCAGGAAGUCAGGCAUUCUGCGUUGAAAUGUGGCAAUAUUGAUAUCUUUUUUUUUCUCUCUUUUUGUACAUUGUAACGGCAAAGAUUUCUUCCUGACAAAACCCAAAAAUUUUAUACCAAGUGAAAUCGUACUUUACUGAAGUCUGUAUGACCUCUCA